AUGAACAAGGUGGUGAUGUUUUUCCUGUGGCUGGGAAUUUGUCUGACCUGGUCAGGCCAAAGCAGGAAGGAACCAAUAAAACUCAUGAGCUUCAUAGGAAGCAAAAACACCCCACUCGGAGGGGCAAGAAGUCAGAUCAAGGAGUAUAUGAGCACAAACAGGACAGUUCUAGUGGGAAAAGAAGACAACCUAGCGACAAUAAACGAAGGGAAUUACAAAAAUGAACUGAAAAACGUUAAGGCAAAAAGAAACAUAAGUGAAGCGCUACAUAUGGCCACGUACGAAGAAAUGAAAAGAGACAAAAAUGUGUACGUGUUGGGAGAAGAUGUAGGUCUGUAUGGAGGAUCAUAUAAGGUAACAAAAAACUUGGCCCACUUUUUUGGAUUCGCCAGAGUGUUAGACACACCAAUAUGUGAAAACUCCUUCAUGGGGUUAGGGAUAGGAUCGAGCAUAAAUGGACUGAGACCCAUAGUAGAAGGCAUGAAUUUGUCAUUUUUAAUUUUAGCCUUUAACCAAAUUUCUAAUAAUGCAUGCAUGAUGCGAUAUAUGUGUGAUGGUCAAUUCAACAUUCCUAUUGUGAUUAGAGGACCAGGAGGGAUUGGAAAGCAGUUAGGACCAGAACACUCACAAAGAAUUGAAUCAUAUUUGAUGAGUGUACCCGGGAUUAAAAUCGUGUCUUGCUCUACUCCAUUUAAUGCUAGAGGGUUGUUAAAAUCGGCCAUACGAGACAACAACCCUGUUUUAUUCCUGGAGCAUGUGUUACUAUAUAAUGUUGAGGAAGAAAUACCACUCCUACCAUACACCUUACCGAUAGACAGGGCUGAAGUUGUAAGAAGAGGAAACCAUCUCACCAUUUUAUGUUAUGGAAUUACAAGACAUAUCGCAGUGGAGGCUGCAAAAGAACUGGCCAAUAUUAACAUCCAGGUUGAGGUAAUUGACUUGAUCUCAUUAAAACCAUUCGAUUUAGAGACAGUAGGGAAUUCUUUAAAGAAGACAAGGAAGUGUUUAAUUCUCGAUGAGUCAGCUGGGUUUGGGGGUAUUGGUGCUGAGCUGUAUACGCAAGUGGUUGAGAAAUUUUCCUCUUUCUUGGAGAGGCCACCCGUCCGUUUGUGCACAAAAGACGUGCCCAUAGCAUAUUCGAGCAGGUUCGAGGACGCAUGUAUCGUCAAAAAAGAGGAUGUCGUGUAUAUGGCUACCUACAUGCACACAUAG